UAAGCAAAUUAGUUUUUUUCUCCCUAAGCAAUGGCUCCAAAAGCUUUAGCAUCAGGAGCGCUUCUUCUCUCCCUCAACCUCUUUUUCACCUUGGUCAGACUUAGCGUGACCCCAUGCUGCAGCCUCAUUCAGGGCUUGGUAGAUCUUGAAGCUGCUGUUUGGCUUUGCACUGCCAUCAAAUCAAAGCCAAUACCUUGGGCAUUAACAAUGACAUACCUCUUUCCUCCUGUCUGCUGCUCAAUUACUGUGGAGAGAACGUCCCCUCUGGCUUCCACUGCGCAUGAAUCCAUUCCCACUUCUCUUUGUUUAUUAGCAGUUCUUAUUAUUGUCCAGUCCUAAGUCCUCCACGCACAUUCGAUCUUUUAAUACUGUGUUUAGCAUUCUGGAAGGUUUUUUUGCUCAUGCCAUAAACCGCCGUUAAUAACUAAUUUGGUGCCAGUGUGCCACGCAUCAUAUUUUGUUGCUCAAAAAUAUAACGUGUAAUAUAAUCAUAUGCAUCUU